AUGUGGAGUGACAUUCGUAAUUUUUACGAGUAUGUCACCUCAUUUACCGAUUUCGACGAUGAUCUGAAGCUAGCCACACUCUUCUUCCAACUUGAAAAGCACAAAUGGAGGUUGACGAAUAUUCUCGCGAAUCCGAAAAGACAAACUAAUGACCCAAGGGUGAAGGCGAAUGAGAAAGUGGAAAUUGACGGUGUAGAGCUCACUAUCCAAGAACAACUUGCCGCUGAAGCUCAAAUUCUCUCAGAUGUCUUCGAAUUGAGCGACAUGGAGUCCAUCGAUCUCAUUUUGUCUGGAGAAUCGCAGCAAAUUCAUUUUGAAGGACUGAACCGAGGACUCAUCGCUGUGAUCUGCUACUAUGAUGCACACAGACUUCUGAUUUCGACUGUUCGUCAAAUGCUAAAAUGGGACCGGGAAGAUGUUCCAUCCAAAGUUACCGAAUGGCUUGAUAACUCAUUUAUCAGUGUUCAUGUGGUCAAAAUGCUAUUCGAUCGUCUGAACUCAUUCACCGUCCAGUCUGAAUUUGCACGCCUCCAAUCUCCAAACGUCAAUGGUCUGGGAGGAUCAAAACAUCAAAAGCUGUUGAAAACAGCGAUCGAUGAGAUUCGUAGCGAAAUUAUCGCCGUCAUCUCGUUGAUUUGCGAGUUUCCUGGAUCAGAGGCAAUGCACAUUUCCAAUCAUCUUUUCCAAAUAGUGAAGACUGUACCACUAGAGAAGUUGAGUGUCGCUAAUAUGACUGCCUGGGUUUCUCUGAUCAAGAUAACAUCAAGUGAAGUACUAACACAAGAAUUUACAGUACCAGAUGCUACACAAGUGCUCACAAACAUGAUCGGACAUAUCCGUAAUGAGACAGACUGGUCGGAUCAAGCAAUGUGUGGAACGCUUCAACUCGCGUGUGCCGUUUCGCUCAAAUCGAUUGCUUCUUCCCCAUCCGAUCACUUGGGGAUCGAAAAUAUCAAAGUGGACGUAGAAAGAGUCAUUGACCGAUCUAUCCGAAAUAUGGCCUUCCACUAUUUGCGGCAAGGAAUCAUCAAGUCUGAACAUUUCCGAUUCGCACAUCAGUUCAUUAUCAUCGAUGAGCUUUUGAAGCAGUUGGUUUCUUUCUUCCCCGCCAAAUUGAUGGAAAUUGAAAGAAAUUCAGCAGAUGAGCUUAAUUUCCUCGAUGAACAGCAGAAAGAAGCUUCAGCUCCCACUUCGGCUAAGCCAGAUCCACGAAACCAGACUAUCAGUUUGGGUGAUAAAGUUCACGCUGAGCUGACCACAAGAGAUCCAUCCAACAACUACGAUUCUGCAUUAUCGAAUUAUGAGAACUUUUUGCGUUGUUUCGUAGACUUGUACGAGAUGCAAGUGACAGAUUACUCCUUUCAAAGAACUCUGAAAACUACCCGGGAAAGAGAGCUUCAGGAACAAAUUGAAGAAAGCAGUAUGUCAUUCAGCACCGAAAGAUCGAUCGAGCUUUGCCGUCUCUUAGAGCGUUCCCGACUUCCAAAUCAUCAUGUCGUUCAUUCAGUUGCCUACCUUGAACUGUGUGCUGCUGUAUGCAAGAACCAACUGACCGCUGGACUCCUUUUCGAUAUAUUCUCGAGAGAACUUUGUGGACCAGACACUUACGGAUGGGAAUCGCUUACUGGAGCUCUUAAGGGAUAUGACAGAUUGUUCAGAGAGCAGAAGGCUAUGUCCAACUCUCGAUUCAAUCAGAAUCAGACGGUGAACAUGAGUACAAGCUACCAUCAGCAAAGUCAGCAUCAGAGUCUGAAUCUCAGCCUUCGUCCAGGUGAUAAGAUCAGUAUUCCGGCGCAAGAGUUGAGUGGACUUGUUGCGUGGCUUCGUAUGACUACAAAAGUCGCUCAAUUCAACGAGAUUGCUGCGAUGCGAUUCUCCGACGAUCCAGUGUGGACGAUGUGUUCCGCUGUUGCUUCACUGUCAACUUCAUCUGUUCCAUUGGCACUGAAAGCUGCUCUGAUCGACUUAUUGACUGCAGUUGCUCGAUUGAAAGGAACAGCUCCACGAAUCUGGCAAGUGAUCCAUGUGAAUCAGUUGUGCUACCACGCGGAUGGAGGUACACUGAUGGGAAUGCAACAGGAAUUGGAAGAGAGAGAAUGCAUUGCGAAACAGUAUGAUGUCUCGUUGGCGUUUGUGAAGUUGAUGACUACACUUCUCAUGCACAGAUCCCUUCCGGAUUACGCCACCCCAUUCAUACAAUUUGUGACAAGAAGCAUUUUGGGUCACUUUGCCGGUCGAAGCUACAAUAGUGUUAUCCAAAUGUGGGAGCUCGCAGAAUGGUCACUCCGCGCCACGAACGCUCUUCUCGAACACGGAAUAGUCGAGCCGAGAUCUGUUGCUUCAAAUGACAUUCACAUCGCUGUAAUUACACAAUGUCUCAAUGAUACUCCUAUGUUCAGAUCGAUCACAAGAGUCGUUUAUGAGGAUUGCCAAGCUCACAACGAUCCACAUGUUACUCGACAAGCACCAUCUUCCGAUGCCGCAUUGAUUGCAUUGCGAAUUCUGUCUCGUGCUAUCGUACUGCAUCCAGCUCUUCGAGCAUGUGCUCGUGUAACUUCCAGUGACAUUAUGGUCGCUUCGAUAAAAUCCUUGAUCUUCUCACCGGUCAUCGCAUCAUCUGCCUGCACACUUCUUGAUCUCGUCUUCCAUUAUCUUCACAUGGCUGAUGACUAUCCGGUUCAUUCAUUGUAUGCUGCUAGAAUUCUUCGAGAUGUGAUGGCAACACGUGGAGCUGUUGAAGCGAAAAUGCUCGAAGUGCUCCGAACAAGAAAAUCUGCACCAUCUCAUGUGAGGGCUAUUCGCACUGCGAUCUGUUCUAAUUCGAUUCAGUACACAAUCAACGAUUCUCUAUCGAAAGAAGAAGACACCGACGAUCCACAUUUCGCUCGAGGAGAAACUGCUCGUUUAGUUCUUGAAACUCUUUCGGAAGCUAUCGACAGUCACGUAACAAGAUGCGGAAAUCGUGUGACAGAUACCAACAACAUUUGCUAUUAUCUCCUCGCAUUCCGUCCUUCACUUGCAAAUACGAAAGAGCUCUACAAGGCUGAUGAUUCAUACACAGGACUUCACUAUGUACUUCACAUCAUCGAACAGUUCGUAAAUUCGAAAAAACCGUUCACCUUACCGUUCUCUGCCUUGUUGGAACCGGCUUUCCGGUUGAUGCAACGGCUUGUAGCAUUGUCGUGCCCGUUCUCUCAACCAGUGUUAUGUUUCAUGCGAUCGUCAAACAUUAUCGAGAAGUUGACAACAUCCCCAUUCAUUUGCUCUGCUCUAACUAUGGAAAACGAACGAGAUAACACCUACGCUCAAGGAGUAUUCGCUGUUCGUCGUAUGAUUGUCGGGUAUAUUUUGCACUUCUCAGCUGUAGAAAUCUCAGCGAUGCUCACAACUGGUCACUUCUCUCGUCCUGAAAAACUCUACCGUGCUCUUCUCGAGUCUUCAAAGCUUGUUGCAGACUACACUCAAGAUGACAUGGAAGAAGAAGAUGUGAACACAACUUUAGCUUCAAGAGCUUCCGGAAGUAAAGAUCAUCCAAAUUUGCUCUUUUCAUUAUUGCGCAGAGCUACAGUACCGCGUAAAAAUGAACUUCCAUACCCGAACCUGGUACACUUUGAUAGUGCAAAGCUACACGAGUUAUUCGAUGCGUGUCUUACUGUGAACAUUUAUGGAGUUGCACAGUAUGAUAUUCUCUACUUGAAUCGUUUGAUGCGAAGAGAAAUCGAUGCAGUUUACACCGAUUCAAAUGAGAUGAGAUUCGUGCAGGAGGAGUUGGAGGGAGUACUCGAAUAUUGCACGGAAAUCAAUGCAAGCCUUCUAUCAGAAAGUGCUAGUGAAAGAAUAGUUUCUGGAUGUACAGCCCUUCUCAAUGUGUUUUCUGUAUUCGCCCCAGUUCACUUCUUCUCCAACAAAAUGCAACUCGUUAUCUUCCGAGACGCGUGUUACGUUCUUAUCGAAAUGUGUUCUGGAGUUGGUGGUGGAUCCUUGGUAGCAGCUUGUGAAACGUUCCAUCGUCUCGUUUUGACAGUUACGAAACUUGCUAAAGUGGAGUACCCCAAGGUAAGAGAAGGAAGCAACAUGUUCGUAUAG